AUGCAGCGCCGCAGGACGUUUUUCCGGUUCCCUUCUCUCUCUUCGAAGGCGUCGGCGGAGGCGUCCGACGCGCCGGGUGGGCAACCUGAGGUCGCGGCGAAACCUGAGAAUACACCCGAGCAAUCCGCUCCGGUCGACGGGUCGCCUUCUGCCCGCCGAGUGUCCGAAAACGCGUCGAGUCUCCCCAUUCUCGUCCCACCGGCGAGCCUCGAACCUUCGGGCCCUCCGGUCCCCCCCAACGGUGUACAUCCAGCUGGCGAGGCCGCAGAAGCCGUUCGAUGCACGGACACCAGCGAUGACUCCGCCUCCACGCGUCACGAGAAACCUUCAGAUCCGUCUCUACCCUCGCCCUCGCCGCACUGCUGUCUCGCGCCGCCUCCGUGUCCUUCUCCGCCCUCGCCUCUGACGUGUCUGACGCCCGUCUCCGGCGUUUCUUCCGUCGCGUGCGGCUCGCCUCAAGACGCGAGUUCCCGGCCUGGCGAAGACCUCGAGGACGCGCGGGGAAGAAGCGGCAUUCCUCACGUCUUGGAUCCAAUUGAAGAGGGGAAAGCCGUGGUUCUCGACGACGCGUCGCUCUCCGGAACGUCGCAGACGCCCGUCUUUCCAGGUCCGCCCAGUGAGCACCGCGACGCCGGAACAGCCGAGCACGACGCCAAGGUGUUGGGGAACUACCAAGUUCUCGGCGAGAUCGCGAUGAAGAAAAAAUCUUCCCUGUGGCUCUGCAAGCGCCGCGACGACGCGCAGCCUCGCGGAGACGCAGCGGCGCGAGAGCCGGCGCCUUCCGAGCUGUUUGCGAUCAAAGAGAUCCAGAAGGCUUCCGUGUUGACACAGAAACAGACUGAGCAUCUGUGGAACGAGAGGCAGCUGCUGGAGGAGAUCGCGUUUUUCCCCGAAGUCCAGUGCAGCGUCCACCGCCUCGUAGAGACCUUCAAAUCCGACGCCGCGCUCUUCUUCGUCUUCGAGGCUGUCCUCGGCGGACCCUUGCAUCGCCACAUCCGAUUCGAAGGCGGCUUCGGUGUCGACCGAGUCCGGUGGUACUCGGCCGAGCUCGUCCUGAUCCUCGAGGCGCUCCACAAACGCGGCAUUCUCUACCGAGAUCUCCAGGCGUCGAACGUCAUGCUGUCAGACGAUGGCCGAAUCAAACUCGUCGACUUUGGCCUCGCGAAAAACAUCGAACGCGACAUCCCACCCUGCGGCACACCCUCGCCUUCCUCGCCCUCUUCCUCUUCUCCUUUUCCUUCUUCUUCGCCCUCCUCUUCGCCUUUUCCUUCUUCUUCGCCCUCCUCUUCUCCUUUUCCUUCUUCUUCGCCCUCCUCUUCUCCUUUUCCUUCUUCUUCGCCCUCCUCUUCUCCUUUUCCUUCUUCGUCUUCUCCUUCGUCUCCCGCGCACGGUAGCCAGCUCGCGCGGACGUUUUCGUACUGCGGGACGCUGCAUGCUAUGGCCCCGGAGGUGAUUGCUGAGGGCAACCGCGCGACGGCGUGCGCGCAGGCUGCGGGUGCCUCGCCGAGAAAGGAUAAGAAGCGACACGCGUUUGGGCUGUUUGGAGAGGCCGCAACGACGGGAAGCGCCUCGCACGGCGCGCGUCGCGAGAAGGAGGGUUUCCUCUUCAAAUCGGCGUCUUCCUUCGCGCCGAUCGCAGGAAAAAGCAAACUUUUCCCGCGACUCGCGGAGCCGAGGUCGCGGUCGCGGAGCUCCGAGCCUAAACCGCGCGGCAACGAGGCUUCCAACGCCCCCGCCCGCGAAGACGCAAACCCCGCACGCACCGGCGGCUACUCCUUCCCUGCAGACUGGUGGUCUCUGGGAGUCGUCAUCUUCGAAAUGCUCUACAACACCGUUCCUUUCGGCUACCACGACUACGAGAACGAGCGAUCUCGGCCUAUAUGCGAGCUUGUGAAGAGUAGCCCCUCGACAGUCGCCUUCCCGCGGGACCGUCGGGUGCCCGAUGAGGCGAAGGACUUGAUUCUUCGUCUUCUCCAGGCGGAUCCCGAGAAGCGGCUCGGCCGCCAUGGCGCAGGGGAGGUGAAGAGACACGCCUUCUUUCGGACGAUCGACUGGGACGUGCUGGACAGCAUUCGCCAGGCGCCGACUGUCCCCCCGUCCCUCCGCCACUGCAUCCCCGAAGUCGAACGCGGCUUGGGAUUGAGGCCGUUCGUCGAAGGAAAGAAGGAAAAACAGAAAGCUGAAGGUGAUCCUUUUGCGGAUUUCUGA